UCGGCUGGAAACGCGCACACGUCCGGGCUUUCAGGUCGGCGCAGACGUGCGCGGGUUCGGGAAUGUGGCAAGAGAGCAGCAGAGGGUGGCCCCUGGUGCCAGGGAGGACGCGGGUGGUACGGAGCCGAGCGGAGCAAGGGAUGAGCAGCGGCCCCGGUCCAUGUCCUCCUCUCCGUUAGACUGCCGUACACAAUGGGAGGUGCGGAGACAAUGGCACCGGCGAUUUCCUAACGCAGCUCGGAAUCAGGGAAUUCUGCUACCGGCGUUGUAUUUGGCCGCAUAUAUUUUAUUAUCCAGCGAUCAAUAAUCGACUUCUUUACAUUUUUUUUGUUUCUUUUUCUUGCAUACGACUUAGUACAAACACCAGAUGUAAAUGAUGUUCAAGUAUCACAUCCGCAUGGUUUGCAAUGACCUGAAGGUACUGGUUUUGAUGAGAUCUUUCGCGAUGCAGAGGAGCGAGCAGGAUUUGGAGACGGGCCGGAGAAGGGGUGGAGGAGGAGGAGGAGGAGGAGAAGAAGAGGGAGGGGGAGCAGGAGGAGGACGGCUGACCAGAUCGGGAUGCGGCUGGCCUCCCUUCCCCAAUUGUUCGUCCCGGGCCGACGAGGAUUGUUACGGGUCGAACGGUGCUGGAGCUGGAGGAGGAUACGACGACAAGGAGAGGAAUGGUGCACUCCAAACCGGAAUGGACUCGGUGUCCCUGAGCAGCAGCGAGAGUGGAAUGAGGAGCCCUCUGUGCCGAAUCUGUUUCCAGGGACCAGACCAGGGCGACCUGCUGAGCCCCUGUCGGUGUGAUGGUUCCGUGCGUUGCACCCACCAGCCAUGCCUAAUCCGCUGGAUCAGCGAGCGAGGCUCCUGGAGCUGUGAGCUGUGCUACUUUAAGUACCAGGUCCUGGCCAUCAGCACCAAGAACCCCCUGCAGUGGCAGGCAAUCUCCCUCACAGUGAUUGAAAAGGUGCAGAUAGCCGCAAUCAUCCUUGGCUCCCUCUUCCUAAUUGCUAGCAUCUCCUGGUUAAUUUGGUCCUCCCUCAGUCCGUCGGCUAAGUGGCAGAGACAGGACCUGCUCUUCCAGAUCUGUUACGGGAUGUAUGGCUUCAUGGAUGUCGUCUGUAUAGGCCUUAUCAUUCACGAAGGAUCGUCUGUGUACCGAAUCUUUAAGCGCUGGCAGGCUGUGAAUCAACAGUGGAAAGUACUGAAUUAUGAAAAAUCCAAGGACCUUGGGGAAGCCAUUAGUGGGACAAGCAAGAUAGGGGGAAGAAAUUCACGGACGAACCACUCGUCAAACAAUGACAGAAGUUCCAAUCAGCGCACUGGAACCAUUUUGAAUCAUCACUGUGGAUAUACCAUCCUGCAUAUUCUCAGCUAUCUGAGGCCGAGCAACCAUCAGAACAGUAACAGCGCAAACAGAGAGCUGGUAAUGCGAGUUACAACUGUCUGAGGCUGAACAAGAGAGACCGCUCACUGAACCUCACUUAAAACAAAAAAACUGUAAAGUACGUGCAACAAAGACAAGAAGUAACGCUGGGGCUGUGAGACUCAGAGACUGAGUUAAAUUCGAGGCUGAGAUAUGGCAGCAACAAUGCAAUGGGUCACACUGGGCCUCAAUCUCCAUGCCUGGACUCUGCCAUCUUUAUUGUUUUCUAAACCAUUUUUUCUAUAAAAUAAGGAAAACCUCUCCUGAAAGAAAGUGGGGUGGGGGGGUGGGAGGGGAACUGACUCUGAGAGAAAUGGAAUGCAAGAUAGUUUGUUGAAAAACUGCCCAAAAGAAGUGAGUGCAAUAACAAACGUCAGUUCCAGGAUGCUGUGGGAUCUUGGCAAUAAGUUCUCUGUAUACUUCACCCUUAAGUUAAUGCAUGUCACUGUUUCUCUCGCCUCCUAUCUCAAAUUAGAAGGCAUAUAAUUUAUAUGCAAAUGGUGGUCUGCAAAUAAACUUCUGUUUUUUUAGGAGGGUGUUUUCGGAGAGCUGUAAAUAUAGGUCUAUGACGAUUAUUGGGACAUCAUUUAUACAGUACACACUCUCCCACCUCAGUACUAUAGAUUGCAUUCUAGCGUACCUGUGGGAGUUCCUAUCUUGCUCCAAUAAUGUCUAUGAUAUGUAAGUGAACAUCCUAUCUUGGUACUGUGAAGUGUAUUUUAAUAUAUACAUGAGUGGCCUAACAAGGUACCACAGAGUGCAUUUAAAUAUAUAUUUAGGAGUGCCCUAUCUUGGUUUCACAGAUUGUAUAACUAUCCAAUAAAUUUAAAGUGGUCCAAUUCAAAAGCAAAGAAUGUAUUCUAAUAUGUGCAGGACACUUUUUAUAUAUUAAAAUACAAUUCAAUAUAAAAUUUCCUUUGUGUUGUUUUAACAGUUUUGACCAUGGCAGAAAAUUUAAUUCAAUGUCCAUUACCAGUAUCACAGGACAAUAUUUGAACACCUACCCCCAUCUCACAGAAACUUUUGGUCAAUGUUGACGUGGUUUGAUUUAGACAAAACUUUUUCCAGUGAAGGGUUGUGAAAAGAGGAGCUUAACAUGUGACAAAGCAAGAGACCAACUUUGUGGUACAGGUAAUAAAACCUUACUGAUACCUGGUAGAUAUUGCUGGGCACCAGAACAGAUCUCCUGAAUUAACUAGUUACUUUGAAUUACCAGUGGCGGGCCCCUUACUCUGCUUCUCCAGUCCCUAAAGCUGGAGGGAGCAGCUUCACUUUGCACAGUUGGAUGGCAGGUGCUCACUAGGGUGUUGGAGACUGGUGAAUAUGAAGACUCUGCAACUGGUUGUACAGUUUGUUUCUGCCCACCAAAUAGGUAAUUAACACAGUGAUUCACUCACUGAGCAGCCAGCAAUGACCAGGUCCCGUCCUUCGCUUUAGCUGAAAUAGUUUUAAGAGGUGAGUAUGAUGCACUUGGGCAAAGGUCAAUGCUUGACCUCAAACUAAACAGAUGGUGAUUAUCAGGUUUAAGGAGUCAGUCAAAUGAAAACUAUGUUGAGAAUAAGAUGCCAGGGUCAAGAAGUGAUAAAUCUAACUCCACACUGAUUACCCUUGCCCCCAUCCUCUGCUAGUCACCCCACUGGUGGGUGCAAAUCCCUUUCCUAUUGACAUUGGAGAACAGAUGCUAACAGGGUUGAAAGGGUUAAUUAUGAGUAGUGGUUCCAUCAAAGCAAUGUGUUCCCUCAAAUACGGGAGAUUAAGGGAUGAUUUGAUGGAGGGGUCUAAAGGACUGGAUAGUUUAGAGAGAAACCCGUUGUACAGGCAGUUGUGGAGAAUCAGGAAGUACCUUUUCUACAUAGGAGUGGGGAAGAUCUGGAACUCCUUCUUCCAAAAAUACGUUGAAGCUGGAGAUUAAUUGAAAAUGUGAAGAUUGAUUUAACAGAGAUCAAUAAUGGAGACAUGGGUGAUAGGUGUUAAGGAAAAAUUUUUUCACUCAGAGGAUGGUGAGGCACUUAUCGAAAGGAUGCAGGAGACAUACACCACCAUCACAUUCAGAAGCACAUGAAGUGCCAUAACCUACAGGGUCCACACUAAGAGGUGGAGAGUAGCAUUAGUUUGAAUAGCUGUUUUUUUUUUUGGCUUGUUCAGUUUGUAAAAAAGAAACAUUUCUCCUUCAACUGCUUCUUUCAAGCAAGGCUUCCACACUUCUUCAAUCAGGAGUGUGGGUCUGACAUUGUGCAGGCUGAGGCUCCCUUCUGGAGUCUAGUUCUUGAACAAAGUCUCACAUUUCUGAAGUCUCUUUCACAGCCCUUUAUUGAUACACAAUGCUCUUUACCUCCAGUGAAGUAUGUUUGAAGUUUAGUCAUUGUUGUGGUGUAGACAACAAAGCCACCAAUUUGAACAUAAAGUACGCCAUUGGUUGUAUAUUCCAAGGCUGUGAAAGUUUGUUCUUCACUUUGACUAUCUUCCACUUACAUCUCAUUCAAUCCUAGGCUCCCACCCCUUUGUCUGAGCUGAAAUUGAGCUUUAUAAAAGAUUGAUUAACUGGCAGAAGGCAAAGAGUGGGAAUAAAGAGAGCCUUCUAUGGUUGUCUACCAGUAACUAGUGGUAUUCCAUAGGGGUUGGUUGGGAUCAAUUCUUUUCACGUUACUUGUCAAUGAUCUGGACGACAAAUUGAUGGCUUUGUGGCCUGGUUUGUGGAUGAUACAAAGACUGGUGGAGGGGCAGGUAGUGUUGAGGAAGCAGGGAGUCUACAGAAAGACUUAGACAGAUUAGGAGUUCAGAAGCAUGAGGAGGGGAUCUCACUGAAACCUAUCAAAUAUUGAAAGGCCCAGACAAGUGGUCGUGGAAAGGAUGUUUCCUAUAGCAGUGGGAUCUAGGACCAGAGGGCGCAGCCUCAGAAUACAAAGACAUCCCUUUAGAAUAGAGAUGAGGCAGAAUUUCUUUGGACAGAGGAUAGUGAAUCUGUGGAAUUCAUUACCACACACGACUGUGGAGGCCAAGUCACUGGGUAGAUUUAAAGCAGAGGUUGACAGGUUCUUCAUUAGUCAGGGUGUCAAAGAUUACAGGGAGUAGGCAGGAGAAUGGGAUUGAGAGAGAUAAUAAAUCAGCAAUGAUGAAAUGUUGAAGGAAACUUGAUGGGCUGAAUGGCCUAAUUCUGCUCCAAUGUCUUAUAGAUUUACGUAUUGACAGGAUGUGGGCAUCACUGACAAGACUAGCAUUCUUUGAGAAGAUGGUGGUGAACUGCUGCAGAAGGUACUCCCAUAAUACUGAGACUCAGACCCAGCAGGGUGAAUAAACAGCAAUAUAUUGUCGAGUCAGAAAUGAGAAAUGGAGUUCCUCCUGGUGUCCUGAAACCAAUAUUCAUACCUUUAUAAAGAUUGCUAAAAUACUGUGGGCGAUCUGGAUAUUAUUCUUAUUGUUGUUUGUGAUAUCUUGCUUUGUGAUUUGGCUGUCACCUUCUAAAAAAAAAUCUGCAUUAACUGUAAAACAGUUUGGGACAUCCUGAAGGAAUAUGACAGAAACUAUGAAAAUGCAAGUCUUUCUCUUCUUGUUUUGAAAGUUGCAAGGGAUAUUUUCUCAGUAAAACACGGCAUUUCACUUUAAUGGCUGCCUUCUUGCUGGAUGCAACAUUAUCUAAUAUUUGUUAAAAAACUGUCAAUGAAGAUUAGAGGCCCUGUGCCUUUUCACAGCAUAUGGUAACGUCCCGUCAUUGCUGCACCUUAUCUGUACUUUGUUGUAAGCAACCUUUGAGGCACGCUGUCAUGGCAACAGAACUGCCUUUUAUGUUGCAGCAAUCCUCAGCGCCUUCACUGUCAUCUGCAGAGACGAAAAGCCUGCGCUUUUUAAACAAAUGUGGUUUCAGUCUGAGAACUUUAGGCCCAAUAUCUCCCGACAUGAUUAUUUUUUUCUGCUUGCAAUGUGCUUGAAUCCUGAAAUCUACCCCUCUCUAAAGCUUUAAGCAUCACUGAGGGGAAAUGACAGGAUCUUCAAAAGCAUGAUUUAAAUCAACACUAUGUCUUGUGUUUAAAAUAAAAGUCGUAAAAGAGCAGUGCAGUGAGGAGAGAGAACCAUGAAGUUAAUGAGAUGUGGAAACUGUUUUGGUGGCGGGGCUGAUUUUGCCAACAUAGUUCUUGCACAUGCACGGCUGCUUUAUACUAAUAAAGAUUAAUUCCCAGGAUAGUGAGUGUUGCUGGGAAGGCUGGUAUUUAUUGGUGGUGUUCGGGUGCUUCCUUGAGCUGGUGCUGUUGGCUCAGGAGUUCAGUGACAAUGAAGUAACGACAAUAUGUUUCUCAGUCAAGAUGAUUGUGUGACUUGGAGGGAAGCCUUCAGGUAGCAGUCUCCUGUCUGUUCAGGUAGUGGCGGGUUUGGGAGGUGCUGUCUAAGGAGCCUGGGUGAGUAGUCCUGACAAAGGGUCUCGGCCUGAAACGUCGACUGCACCUCUUCCUACAGAUGCUGCCUGGCCUGCUGCGUUCACCAGCAACUUUGAUGUAUGUUGCUUGAAUUUCCAGCAUCUGCAGAAUUCCUGUUGUUUGGGUGAGUAACCAAUGUUUUUUUUGCAAGACGCACACUGCAGCUUUGAUGUACUGGUGGUUGAGGGACUGCUGAUCGAGAUGACUGCUUUGUGAAUGG